AUGCAAGGAUUCUACACUCAGUCUAUUACCUGGGAAUUGGACUACAAUUUGGAGAGCGAAAUCACUCUUUCCGUCCGCCAUAGGAACGCUGCCUUUCGCAUCUGCUACGAUCCACAGAUCCUCGCCGCCUCUUCUUCUGUCUUGGAACAGCAUCGCAAGUUUUACAACGUCCUAUAUAAGGAUGAUCCAGAUGGAGAAUCCCGUGAAGUGGUGGAACGUCGCAGAAAGCCGUUUGAGGAGCUUAUGACUCAGAUGGCCCUUAAUCAAAUGGAGUCAACGUGCAAUCUGCAUAGCUAUCUCUACCCGCCGUGGUUCAUUCUCGAGGCAGGGGUAGCUGAGAGCAGCAGCCACAUUCAGCCACAUUUCAGGGUGGCCCUCUCGCGACAGGAGUUCUCACCUCCGGGUGAAUAUGUGAACAACGAGUCCCUUAAAGGGCACCUAUCUCUGCUACUUAACUCGAAACUCAACAAAUACUCGUCUCGUCAAGUGCAGGUUCUGGAUCAAACAUCGCAUUUGGUCCCAUCUAAGGUCCUUGCACGCAGCAAGAUACUUGCGGACGCUGAGGCAAGCCCGCCACUUCUUGCUGAUAUACGCAUCUGUCACCUUCACGGUCUGAUUAUCGACAACGACGAGGAUGUUCUUCAACACUAUCCUCUCGACAGCGAUGAAGAGUACCACCCUGGGACACGUUUGGUCGGACUACUUCUCACCUAUAUCGAGAAUAAAGGCACUCUGGAGGAUUUGGCGCCUUGGUCCGACUGUACAAAUGAGGAUCGGCUUCGCUGGUCUACGCAAAUACAAAACUACGUUAAAUGUUUGCAUGCGGCAGACGUUGUUUGGGGUGACACUAAGCCUGAGAAUGUCUUGGUUGAUACGAAGGGCGAUGCCUGGCUCAUUGAUUUUGGCGGCAGUUAUACCCGGGGCUGGGUUGACGAGGAUAAGCAGGAAACUGUGGAAGGAGACCUGCAGGGUGUGCAAAGGAUUAAUGAUUGGCUCCAUGAAUGGUCCCGCCAGCCUGUUACUCGUAUUAGGUGA